AUGUGGUCUACGAUGAUCCUGCGCUUCCCACUUGCACAGACCAAGUUCCUAUCGCGUGGUGCUCUUGUAACUGCAGGUUUAGCAGCCUUUGCAUCUUUUUCUAGCUCUUCAUUUGUACAAUGUGAGGAAACUCCUCAGUCAAAAGUUGCACUGAGUCCCAAGGAAUUUCGUUCUUUUACGGUACGAAAAGUGGAAAUUGUGAACCACAAUACUAAACGCGUGACGUUUGACCUGCCAACGCCUACUCAUGAGAUGGGUCUUACUACACCGAGCUGCCUUAUGGCACGUGCUAAAGUGGAUGGGAAGACAGUGGUGCGUCCUUAUACGCCCACGAAUGUAAACGAGGAAAAGGGCUUUUUGGAACUUGUGGUCAAGGGAUAUCCACAUGGAAAACUAAGUAAGCACAUUGUGGAACUCAAGGAGGGAGACUCUCUAGAUAUGAAGGGUCCUUUCCUUAAGUUCAACUAUUAUCCUAACAGGUACAAGAGCAUCGGUAUGAUCGCUGGCGGCACCGGCAUCACUCCGAUGCUGCAGCUUAUCAAGACCAUUUGUCGUAACCCAGAAGACCACACAGAGAUUACUUUGCUGUACUGCAGUGUGUCAGAAAAAGAUAUUAUCCUACGUGAAGAAGUGGAAGCCAUGAUGUACCUGUACCCGCAGAUUUCAGUGAUUCAUGUGCUGAGCAAUCCGUCUGAUGAAUGGCAGGGUCUGACGGGUUUUGUGUCCAAGGAGAUGGUCGAAAAGUACAUGCCCGAACCAUCGGACGAUAACCUUGUGUGCGUCUGCGGCCCUCCGCCAAUGAUGUACCACGUCUCGGGCGACAAGGCUAAGGACAGGUCUCAAGGCGAGCUCCAGGGCUUGCUCAAGGAGUUGAACUACACUUCGACACAAGUGUUUAAAUUCUGA